CUCAACUUCGUGAGCAGCAUCGAGCAAAAUGGACAACAGCAUUCCUGUAGUUAGCAAGAUUUUUUGCUCAGGCACUCCAACAAUGCUGAUGAUCAGGAGACGACCCAUUGUAGUGAAUGGUGGUGGUUUUGUUGUUACUGACCUCAGUCACAAUGUUGUCUUCGUCGUAGAUGGUUGUGGAAUACUUGGAUCCAAGGGAGAGCUUAUGGUUAAAGAUGGUGAAGGAGAACCAAUACUAUCCAUCUCUAAAAAGGGAGGAAUUGUCCAGGCUCUAAGCACUAGGAACAAAUGGAAUGGAUACUUGAUGGAUUACCAAGGAAAAGACAAGUUGGUCUUCAGCCUAACUGAUCCAAAAUCAUGUAUAGCACAAAGUGCUCCAAUUAGAAUUCAUAUUGAACCCAAGAUGCACUGCAAAAAUUGGGAUUUCGAAAUUGGUGGAUCUUUUGCAGAUAGAGACUGUACAAUAGUUGAUUGCACCAGAAAAAUAGUAGCCCAGAUGGGUAGGAAAGAACUGAUGGGAGGCAAGGACUUCUAUCAUGUGGAAGUGCAGUCAGGAUAUGACCAAGCUUUCAUCAUUGGGGUGAUGGCAAUUCUUGACAAUAUCCAUGGAGAAUCAACCAGAUGCUGAUAGCAUAAAUGAGAGAAUAGAGUAGGCUCAUGUUCAAUAGCAUUGAUCUUGCAACCUACUUUCAUCUUCAAGUUAGAAACAGGUGCACGCUGGCACCAUCACAUGAUUGUAUG